AUGUAUACUCAUUGUGAAGUUGUCAAUCUUGGGCAAAACAACAUACGAAAUUCAAGGAACGAAACUUUGAAAACUGACGACCCAGUUGGUAACUUUCGUGUGUCUAUUGAUGAGUCAAUACUUCUGGCUCUCCUAGAGUGUUCAUAUGCCGACUCUAAACAUGAAGUCCUCGGUUAUCUUGGUGGGACAUGUGACGUAGAUCGAUUGGACAAUACUAUUGUUUGUCAUGUUAGUCAAUUCGUUGCAUCUGAAAGAGUUGUUACUUCGUUACUGACCGAUACUGUACAAGAGGUUGAUCAAGCUCGUGAAGAUGCGAUAAAUACAUUCAAAAAAAUGGGGCUUAAGUUUAUAGGCUGGUAUCGUAGCAAUCUUGAUUCAAAUUCAAAUACUAUUCCCACACAAUAUGAUAUAAUUAAACAGCAGUCAAUACAAUCACAGUACCCGGAUAGUGCGGGUGUAAUUGUAUCAAUGUCUACAAUAUCUUGUCCUCCAAUUAAUAUAAGAGGAUUAGUUUCAGAAAGAUCCAUAAACGCAUUAUGUGUUUUCCGGACUGUGGAAACCAAUCCUAAUAAUAAUGACAGCUUUUCUUUAUCUCAAGCUGUUAAGUCAAAGAACAGUAGAAUUUUGAAGGGUAAAGAAAAAGAGGAUUCAAAAGCCAACAAAGUCAUCUUUACCGUUAACCGACAAAUGUACAUGUGUUCAAACGUUAUGCAACAAUUGAAUCAUGCUCUGAUGACAGUUCUCCGCGAGAUUAAACAAACCUAUUCUGGUCAGGUUUUAGAUUGUGAUAAUAGGAUCGGGCAACGAAUAUUUGUCGAUUCUCAACAUGAAUCAUUUCUUAUGAAUUUUCUUAAAAAGAGUGUGCUUCAGUUUGACAGAUCUAUAGAUCAGGAUUUUAGGUCUCUAGCUGUCGCUAAACAUCAUGUCAAGACACUUAUAAUGAAACGGGUUAAUGAUGCAUUGGCAACUUGCCAAGGUCAUAAUGUUAAUAAUGGAAACGAUGUACACCUGAGGCGGAGAAAACUUGAAAAAUUAAUAGAAAAGUUGGUUACUCAACGUAUGGCCAAAAGGGAAAAAGGCUGUAAAAAGUCAGAAAAUGUUGAUGAUGUAGUUCGAUGGAUGAAUCACAAAUCUUUAGAUAAUGAUCGACAGAACACUAGCGAUGGUUUCGAAUAUAACGAUGUAAAUAUGGAAAUUCCUGCGAUACCAACGUUUCCAUCGUCAGAGCAUUCAUCUCAAAAGCCUGUUACUUAUAAGAAGGAAUCCGAAUCAAUCGAUUUUAUAUCAUCAACAUCUAAAUCAAUUCUACCUAUGGAUACACGUUUAGAUGACAUGAUAGAAGAAAAAAUGAUUACAACUAAUGAAUCUAAGGAUGGGCCAACGGAUGUUGAUUGUGACACAAAAAUAAUUCGAGAUACAGAUGCUUUGAUAGAAAUUUGCGAGAAUUUACCGGUAGUUAUUCCAGCAAAACAACCUUUAAAGAAAACUAGCACAGAUUCUUCUCGCAAUGCGCCGAAUGCAAAAAGAGUCAAAUCUUUUGGAGGAAAUCUUGCACAAGCUGCAUCUUUUCCUGAAUCAAAACCGUUUAUUGGUUCUGGUUCUGGUUCUACUUCAAUGAUGGGAGGAUCAUCUUUUAAUUCUAAUCAAAAAAAUACGUCCUCUAUGCAAUUCUCGCUUCAGUAUUCACCAAUUAAUACGUACCAGUAUUCUACAAAUUGUUAUCGACCAUUUCACAAUACUCCUGAAGAUUUAUCUCCAAGUAUUCGUCCAUCUGUCCCCUGUAUUGGGAAUAAACCUACUAAUGGUCCUCCGGGAACCGGUGUAAAUUUACCCCCUAUUCAAGGAUUGCUUGAGAUUACACGACCUCCACCUCCAUCUCAGUCUUCUUUAUCAAAUGGUGUGGUGGUUGUAAAUCAAAACACUCCAGGAGUUGUACAUCCUCCAUUUUCAACUCAAUAUCAAAAUAAUUUCUAUUCAUUUGGUUCUCCGCAACUAUCGCAACAAACAAAUCACACUCAAACAGGAUCUCAUUCGAUCGUUGCACCAAUGCCGCAACAUUUACACCAAAUGAAUUCUCCUACACCGCAGUCUUCAUCUCAAAGACAUUAUAUUCCAAUUGCGCCUUCACCAACUACAACAACGGGAAAUCGACCACCUUUACCAUCAUCCUCACCUUCAGCUACUAUAUAUACUACCUCAAGUCACCAUUCAUACACUACAAACUAUCAUGAUGAGGGUCAUAAACUUGCACCUUCACCAGCAGGGAUAGAAUUUGAAAGUUGA